AUGAACAUGUUUUCAUUCAUCAGCCACCAGUUUCCGUGGCUACUCUUUAGCUUGCGUGAUUGUUUUUGCAAGCUUUUUGUAGCAGCCAUGGGCACUGUUUGUCACUUUAAACCCCAUACCCUCUCCUUCCACCACCACCACCACCACGAUCAUCAUCAUUUCUAUCCGAUUUGGCUUUGCUAUGUUUUUCUCUCUUUGCUCCCCCUCUUGGCUUCCUCCUACAUGUAUUCUGAUGAUAAAAGGGAUGAUUUGUUUCCAGAAAUAUUAAGAGAUGAGGCUGUGGCUAGGCUCAAUGAACUUGGAAAGGUGAGCGAUGCUGAUGGAUAUCUUGAGAGGACAUUCAUGAGCCCUGCUGCAGUGAGGGCGGGGAAGCUUAUUCGCGAAUGGAUGGAGGAUGCUGGUUUGAGAACGUGGGUGGACCAUAUGGGCAACAUUCAUGGUCGGAUUGAGGGGAGGAAUACGACUUCUGAGGCUCUGUUGAUUGGUUCUCAUUUGGAUACUGUUGUUGAUGCUGGAAUGUUUGAUGGGUCAUUAGGCAUAAUCUCGGCGAUAUCUGCAUUAAAGGUUUUGAAGAGCACCAGGAUGUUGGGAAAUCUAAAGCGUCCUGUCGAGGUGAUUGCUUUUAGUGAUGAGGAAGGUGUCCGGUUUCAAUCUACUUUCUUAGGCAGUGCAGCUAUAGCUGGCAUUUUACCAGUUACAACAUUGCGGACAUCUGAUAAGAGUGGUGUAACAGUUCAAGAUGCUUUGAGGGAGCACUCCAUAGACCUUGCAGAGGAAAGUUUGUCACACCUCAAAUAUGAUGCAUCAUCUGUUUGGGCUUAUGUUGAGGUUCAUAUCGAACAAGGACCUGUACUAGAAUGGGUUGGUUUCCCUCUCGGAGUAGUUAAAGGCAUAGCUGGACAGACACGAUUAAAGGUUACUGUAAGAGGUUCACAAGGGCAUGCCGGAACAGUUCCAAUGUCAAUGCGUCAGGACCCGAUGGUUGCUACAGCAGAGUUAAUCGUACUGCUGGAAAGUCUUUGUAAGCAUCCUAAAGAUUAUCUAUUUUAUGAUGGUGAUUCCGAUGCUUCCACCUUGGAAUCACUCUCUAGUUCUCUCGUCUGUACUGUUGGAGAGAUAUCAACAUGGCCGAGUGCAAGCAAUGUCAUCCCAGGACAGGUUACAUUCACUGUGGAUUUACGAGCAAUUGAUGACAAGGGACGUGAGGAUGUUCUUUACGAAUUAUCCAAUCAAAUGUAUCAAAUAUGUGAAAGGCGUUCUGUUUCUUGCUUCAUUGAACGGAAGCAUGACGCAAAUGCAGUGAUCUGUGAUUCCGAAUUAAGUUCCCAGCUGAAGUCUGCAGCCCAUGCUGCAUUGAAUAAAAUGACUGGUGAGACUCAACAUGAAGUUCCUGUUCUAAUGAGCGGCGCAGGGCAUGAUGCAAUGGCCAUGUCUCAUCUAACCAAGGUCGGAAUGUUAUUUGUUCGUUGUCGUGGAGGAAUAAGUCACUCCCCUGCGGAGCAUGUAUUAGAUGAUGAUGUCUGGGCUGCUGGUAUGGCAGUUUUAGCAUUUCUUGAAACUAAUUUGUAAAGUUCAAGGUUCUUUGAACAUUCAUGUACAGCAUUGUAGUUCCUUUUAAUAAUACAACAGCAUGCCUCAAUUGUACAUUUCAUUUCAUUAGCGAUUUUGGCAUGCUUUUUUGAUCAUUA